CUGAUUACGCAUAGAGUGCCUAAUAAAAUGGAGCUGUCAAAAUAUUUGUGAAUAAUUUGGCUUAUCGGUGUUUUUUUCUUUUGUAAAAUUUACCUUACGUUUAUAUAAUUAGCUAACAUUUAUCUUUGAAAAUUAGAUAACAUUAAAUUUCACUGGAGGUAAAGUGCAGUAUUAUAAAAUUUUAUACCUAAAUAAUCAGCAAUCAUGGCGAAAACUAUUGAACGCGGAGCAAAAACUUUCGAAGAAGCCAUUAUCCUAACAGGUAUUGGCAAAUUCAACUUAUUCGUCCUACUAGCCACGGGAGGCUCUCUAAUGUGCGUCAUUGUAGAAACUAUGAGCGCGAUGUUCAUAACUCCAGCCGCACAAUGUGAUCUUAAUCUUACUUUAGGAGAAAAAGGACUUUUGUACUCUAUCAGCUUUUUUGGAGUAGUUUCUGGAUCUUUUUUAUGGGGAUAUUUGGCUGACACUAGAGGAAGAAAAAUGGUGACCAUCAUUUCAUUAUUCACAAGCGCCAUUAUAAGUAUUAUUGGAAGUUUUGUGUCUCUAGUUUGGUUGUUUAUACUAUUGCGGUACCUAAAUGGAUUUUUUAUUGGCGGUUCUUCAGCAAUAAUCUACGCUUUUGCAGGCGAAUUUCACGGCAACAGAGUUCGACCAAAAGUAGUCUCCUGGAUAGCAACUUUCGUAGCAUUUGGUAACAUAUACUUACCAGGACUAGCUUGGGUUAUUCUACCACAAGACUGGUCAUUAGAUCUACCUUUUAACGUAGUAUUUAAACCUUGGAGAUUACUUGUAAUAAUAUAUUCCCUACCUAGUCUAUUCUUCCUCAUAUUCGUGUUGAUUCUUCCAGAAAGUCCGAAAUAUUUAAUGGCUAAAGGUAGACACGAAGAAGCUUUAGAAAUUUUACGUAAAAUGUUUUCCAUAAACACUGGCAAAACAGGUGAGGAAUAUCCUGUGAAGAGUAUAUUGUGGGAAGAUGAAAAUACAGUGGAACAUAAAGAAAAUGAAAGUAUGCUAAGUUCCAUGUGGGAACAAUGUGUUCCUAUAUUUAGAAGGGGUUAUAUUUUGAAGACAGCUAUGGUUUGCUUUCUACAAUUUGCUAUAUUUUUAACAACAUCCGCUGUAAUAAUGUGGUAUCCACAGAUAUUGAACAGUAUGAGCGAAUUGGGAAAAAAAUUGCCGGAAAAUCAAAUUACAAUGUGUAAAGCAGUUUUAUAUGACGAUGAUAUGGAAAAUAUGGACAAUUAUUUUAUUCAAAGAAUAUUGUCAUAUAGUAGUAAUAACGCAACAAAUAGGGCAUUAAUGUCUGCAACUUGCAAUGACAACGUUAACGAAGAAGUAUUUUUAGUAUCUGUCGUGAUUGGUUGCUGCUAUGCAAUUUGUUACCUCAUGAUAGGAUCUGUAAUAAAUAUAGUAGGAGCACGAAAACUUCUAAGUGGUUUUAUUGUUAUUACAACAAUUUCUGGAGUGUGCGCUCAACUGCUAAGCAGUUACAUUUAUGUCCAAGUUACUUUAGGAAUUUUUUUAAUGGCAGCCACUGGCGUAGGAAUAGUAAACGCGAUAGUAGUAGAUUUGUAUCCUACUCAAAUCAGGGGCAUGGCCCUUGCUGUGUCGCUCAUGUGUGGAAGAUUUGGUGCCAUGACAGGAUCAAAUGUUGUAGGACCAAUACUGUUUAACUUCUGUGAUUAUUUAUUUUACAUUUUUGCCGCCCUACAUACAGUUGUCGUUAUUGUAAUCAUACUACUUCCAUCCAACAAAUCAACAGAACAGGCUGAAAAGGAAUCUAGUUAAUAAAAAUUAAAUAUUUUUUUUAUGAUGUAUAUUAGGUAUUUUAAUAAAUUUUGUAUAAUAAAAUGUUAUUGAAUUUUAUUUCCUUGACCUAAUUUUUAACCUAGAAGUAAAUUAGGUUUUAAACAAUUUAAAUUUCUUAAAAUAUUUCUGAACUAUAUCUUUCGGAUAAGGCUUACAAACUAAACAUGUAGGAAUAUUUUCAGGUUGUUCUAUCCAUAAUUUAUGUUUAAUACUAUUUUCUUCUAGUUUAUCUUUUAGUCCCAAUAAACUCUUUUCAUCGGGAGCUUCUAGUACUACUUUAUGCAUGUUAUCUAGGUCUUUUAAGUACUCCUGGGUAAAUUCAUCUUGAUAAAAUAAGUGAGUAGUAGCUGUGACAGCAUGGCAAGCCUGUGCUAUAAGUGCCCCAACCGGCCAGUCAAGGGUUUUUAAAAGAUCACCUCGUACUAUAACAUACUGAACAAUAUUUGAAGCACUCAUUUUUCGUUUGAUGUUAUUUGUUAUUUUGAAAACAUACCCAUAUUCUGCCCAUAUCAAAACCGUAAACGACAGUAACCAAACUUUUUCUUCUUUUUUGUACCUGCCACAGAC